UCUGCAGAGCUGGAGGCCAAGCAGCGGGUGAUGGAGGACAUGCGUCUGGCCCUGACUGAGCAGGAGGAGACCCAGGAGCAGAUGGAGCAGGUCCUGGAGGAGAAGAUGGCGCUCCUCCAGGAGCUCUCUGCUGAGGUAAACAGGCUGAAGGAGAAGGUGCUGCAGCAGAACCAGGGAGCCGGCGGGCCCUCAGAGGACCUGGACCUGGCCAAGGAUGAAGCUUCACGAGCUCAGGAGAGCUUAAAGAUCCUGACAGAGAAGAGCCAGGCUGAACGCAGGAGGUGGCAGGAGGAGAAGCUGUCUCUGAUUGGUCAAGCCAAAGAGGCAGAAGACAAGAGGAACCAGGAAAUGAGGAAGUUUGCAGAAGACCGAGAGCGCUACUGCCGCCAGCAGAGCCUCUUAGAGUCCAAGCUGCUGGAGAAGGAGGCGGCCAUGGAGAGCUGGAGGAAGGAGAGGGACGCCCUGGUUGCUGCCCUGGAGGUGCAGCUGCAGAAGCUGCUGUCCAGCCAAGCAGAGAAAGACAAAGUCAUCAAGGAGCUGAGUGAGCAGAGCUCAAAGCAGCCAGCAGAGUUUCAGCUGCUGCUUCAGUCUGGAGGAAAUCCUGAGCCGCUCGCUGUGGACAGAACAUGUGAAUCAACCCAGUGCAGCUGCUGUGAACAUCUGGACCUGGUGUCAGCAGAACCAGGUGCGUCAGAGGCUGCCCUGCAGGGGAAGCGCUGUGUUCAGGAGGAAGUGGGGACUGAGAACCGAAGGAACACCAGAACCAAGCUCACCCCAAAGAAAGCAGAGAGCUCUUCCUCAGGUUGUCGGUUUGACUCCCAGAGCAGCAGGAAGGACGGCACGCUGCAGAAGAUCGGAGACUUCCUGCAGAGCUCCCCGACUCUGCUGGGCUCCAAAGCCAAGAAGAUGAUGAGCCUGGUCAGCGGCCGUCUGGACCCAGACUCAGCAGCCGCCUCUUCCUCCCUCAGCCUGAGGGCCAAGAGGGGCAGAAAGAAACUCUACAGACCUGAAAUCUCCUGCCCCAUGGACAUGCCCCCCCACCCGGUAAGAGCCCUGAACCGACAACCUCAGCAAGCUGCAGGAGAACCAGCAGAACCCAGACCUCAGUCAACCAGGCCGGUUUUAUUAGACCUGUUAGUUCAUCAUCAGUUCUUCUUUCCUCCUCUGGUGGAUCUGCUGAGGGUCCAGACCUGUUCCCUGACUGACCAUCAGCUAAAUUAAAUAACUAAAAUUAAUAAAUUAAUGA